CGAUGGUGGUCGUCAUCAUCACCGCCACCAGCAGCAGCUCGUGCUGUCACCAGCAGGAGGUUUGAGGCAUUGAGGGUCUGGUGUUAACCAACUCCCCUCUCGCCUUGUUUGGAAAGUGGCGGGGCACGCGUUGAGGACGAGGUGAUGGCGUCCUCUGGCAACUUGAACUCUUCCUCCGGCGCAAGCGCCCACCCCGCUUUCCAGGACACCCUCUACGUAGUGAUCUACAGCCUUCUCUUCCCCGUGGGACUGGCGGCCAAUGCGCUGGCCCUGUGGGUCUUCUGCCGCCGCCUGCGGCCGCUGAAAAAUGGCGCCACCGUCUACAUGACGUGUCUCGCCACCACCGACCUGCUCUUCGUCCUGUCGCUGCCCUUCCGCAUCUCGUACCACGCACACCGCCACUGGAAGUUCGGCGAGGCGCUGUGCAAGUUGACGAGCGCCCUCUUCUACGCCAACCUGUACGCCAGCGUGCUCUUCCUCACCUGCAUCUGCGCCGACCGCUACCUGGCCAUCGCCCACCCACUGCGUUUCCCGGGCGUGCGCACGCCGUGCGUGGCGCGCCUCGUCGCGCUGGGCGUCUGGGUCAUCGUCGCGCUCGGCACCAUCCCCAUCUACCUGCUCGACACCACCAAUGCCAAGCUGGGGUUCGUGAAAGUCACUGCUGCUGGUGCUGGCGCAGCCGAAACCUGUUUCCAGGGCUUCUCCGAGUCGGACUGGGAGACACUCUCUGCCGUAGUGCUGGCGGUGGAGCUCGUCGGCUUCAUUGUCCCACUCUCCAUCAUGGCGCUGUGCUCGUGUGGCAUCGUCAGAGCUCUGCGCCGCGUGCGCCGCGACCGCCGCCAAUUCCUCCACGUCCAUCUGGGCAACGCCAAGGCCCCGCGGGGAUUGAAUGCCGCCACCGCCACCGACCGCCCGACCGGCCAUCGGGACGGCGACGGUGACGACGACAGCGGCGGAGAGGGGGACGACGACCUCAGCAAGGUGGGCCGGCUGGUGGUCAGCACGCUGGCCAUCUUUGUCAUCUGCUUCGCGCCCUACCACGUCGAGAUGGUGUUCUAUAUGCUGCUCCGGCGGCAAGUGCUGCGUGGUUGGGCGCGCCUGGAGCAGGUGGUGCGCUUCGUGCAGCCCAUCACGCUCUGCCUCGCCAGCUCCAACUGUGUCCUUGACCCGCUCAUCUACUACUACCGGGCCAAGGCCUUCCGCCGGGCACUCACGCUCGGCGCUGGCCCUGUCUGCAGCGGCGGAGGGAGCCGCUGGCGCCACUGGUGCCGCUGUCGGUGGCCUUGGUCGGUGGAGGAGGAGGGACGGCAAUGCUCCAGUGAGCCGGCAGUCAUGAUGCUGCGUUCUGACACCUGAAGGGGGUUUAUUGGAGGUCCCUGUGGGACGGGGUCAGGCUCCAGUUGUCAUGAGGGGGUGGACAGUACUCUGGUCAGGGCAGGAAACUGACAAACAACAGGGAGCGGCUCUGCUCUCUGAACAAAAUAAUGAUGAAGUGGGUGUGGUAAACCGUUGAGGCGGGGUGUGGGGACGCUGUGAAUCCCAGGCUGUUGUGGGCUCGCCCCCAUCAACAGGAGGUAAAGAUUGCUGGUGGGUUUCAAGUUCAAGUUUCAUUUAUUAGGUAUAGCCCUGUGAGCCAUGCGGCUCUUGAGUCGGGUGCAACCGCAACAACCAAAAUAUGAACAGAGAACAUCUUAAAGCGACGACGCACAACAGAAACAUCCUAGAUAAACCAGCAAAUCUUCCAAAAACAACCACCGUAUUACAACGCUGUGUGCAAAAAUCCCAGUGUGAUGCAAGUCAAACAAUAACAACCAUAAGACAAUUUAGAUUCAAGUUAUCAGGCCAACUCCGCACUUCUGCAAAGAAACAUGGCUUAACCAUAUGUUUUCGAAAUCACCAAAAUAAAGCUAUAAAAUACAAUGUAACAACAGUAAUCAUAGGAACUUUGAUUCAAAUUUAACAAUAAACGAUAUACAUAACAUGUACGACCAAACUUGCAGCCAUUUCUGGAAGCAUGACACUCCCAGUGUAUGAUGUGUGAGUGAGUCAAUGGUAGUGUGAGUGAGUGUAUGAUGUGUGAGUGAGUCAGUGUAAGAUGAGUGAGUGUAUCACGGCAUCCUCCCUGCCAUCACGGCCUCCUCCACGCCAUCACGGCCUCCCCCACGGCAUGAUGGCGUGGAGAAGGCUGCGCACUACGCAGAACGCGCACGCGCGCGCGCACCACGGGGGGAUAGAGAUUGCUGAUGCACUACAGGCUACCAAAGCCACGGUGGUGAGAUGUUAACUACUUCACCUGGUAUACAACACCUGCUGUAUAUUUGGAGUUUGUGUAUUCUUUCUCCCCGUGGUCAUGUGGAUUUUUCUCUGGGUCCUCUGGUUUUUCCCUUCACAUUAAGAAUCAGCACACGUUUCAAUUAUUUGGCUGCUAUACAUUUCCACGUGAUAAGCCACUUCGUUGAGCUUUCAUUUGUGGCCAGGUCGCUUCUGAAAAAGAGUACCAUAGCUCACGUCCGUGUUUGCCAACUGGCUGUGAUAAGCCCAGGUCACACUCCAAUUGCCCUCUGCAUUUUCAGAGUGUACGCAAAUCACUGCCUGGUUGGGGUUAUGUAGAUUUUCCAUACCGAGGCCCCUUGUUUGACCCAGGUAUAGGCCAGAAAAAAUGGCAUCUGUGUUCAGGUGGCAGCAAUGUAUGUCGAGCGAGAUCUGGUAGGGGUGUUUGCUGUGUUGAACUUUAUUGCAGUCGCCUGCACAUAAUUGAUAAACUGAGAGCCAUGACUGGGAUUGGUUCUGUGGUGGGAAAGGUGGGCGAACCUACUAUAGACGCGUCCAAUCGUCAGUCUAUUUAGUUAUGAUAAACGCAAAUUACAUGCAGAUUAUAUAUCCAAAUUCUACACUUGGGGCAAUGUAUUGAAUGGAUAUAGAAUCAGUACCAGUAUACAGGGUGUCCGAACAUGAAUAUACCAAAAAGAAUGUUGAUUAGUUUUAUUGUUAUUCGAGAUAGUGACAUAAAUUUAAUAUGAAUACAUGUAAUAGUUUUAGUUUGUUUAAUUUUGUAUGGUAUUAAUGGGAUGUUCGAGAAUUGUUAAUACACUUCUACAUGUCGUCCAUCAUUCAUUCUAAUCCAUCUAAUUCGGCGUUCAAACUCUUAUGAAAGAUUUCCCAAUACAGCUGUAGGGAUGGAUGAUGACACAGCAGCAUCAACAAUACGAUGUUUAACUUCUGCAAGGUCCCUUUGUUUGCUGGUGUUAGACUUUACUUUUUAACACACUUCGAAGAUAAAAAUCGAAUGGUGUUAAGUCAGAUGAAGGAGUGGACUUGUCUUUAUAUCAUAAAAUGGAGCUCCUGAAACAGAAAGUAGCAAUCAAUAUUCACAAUAUACUAAAACUUAUAAGUCUAAUGCAAAUAUCCAUGUCAAACUUAGGUGAGUAUCUCGAACAACAAUACAACUAAUCAACUUUCUUAUUGGCAUAUUCAUUUUCCGAUGCCCUAUAUAUUUAAAAAAACGUUGAUUGAAGAAAAACACCAAUUCUCGAAUCAAAAUUGCGACACAUUCAUGGAUUGUCAAGCGGAGUGACUUGCCACACGCAUGCCGGGGCUGCGCGUUCCCGUGCUCGUAUCUGUGGUCACCCAGGGCUGCCUCCCGGCACCGAACGCCACGCAGAGCAGUAGGCCUCUCCCGUCAGGGCCUCUCCCCUCGGUGCCUCUCCCCUUGGGGCCUCUCCCCUCGGGGCCACUCCUUGUGCCCUGUGCUCGUAUGUCAGACAAACGGUGACUCAAUUCAUUAACUGAAUCUAAUGUAAUUUCUAAGCUCAGUUGUAUACUUUUAUAACGUCUCGUAGAUUCAUCGAUAGUGUUCAUGUGCAUAUCUUUAAAAAAAAAUAGCAUUUACCGAAGAAUAUUGUUUAGGACUUGUAGGGUUAUUACAUUUCAUGAAUCAUUACAUUUAAUUGUUUAGACUUGUCUGACAUUCGGAGCCAAACUUUCCAUAAUGAGACAAGGGCUCUGUAUGGGAUGAGACGAGGGUUCUGUAUGGGAUGAAACGAGGGUUCCACUUUACACAGACUUCCCUGUUAAAAAAAGUCGUCAGAAGACUACCUGUUAAACACUCCACAGAUGUAUAUUCAUGUAGUAUGGUCACACUUUUUUUUAUGAAGUCAUAAAAAAUGCUCAUUCUUUUAACUUAUAAAACGUUAUAAUUACUACGACUAUGACAGUGUUCCAUGUUACUGUUCAGUGUAUGAUAAUGAUAUAUUUUUUUUACCUGUGUGUUUUUUUAUGAACGUCGUUCACUCUUUACUCUGUUGCCAUUGAAUACAGAGCAGCAUACACGGUGAUCCUCAUACGGUCAAAAUUAUUCGUCGACUCUUCCCAAUUUUUUUUUGCGCACGCGGUUGUGCUCCUGGCGUCGCGUCGUCAGAUGGGGAAUCCGUUCGUAAAUCUGGCGGAGGCGGAGGCCGAGCAUCGCGCGCAAAGCAACGUCGUCACAGUGGCACGCUCACCCCAUUCACAC